AGUGUCUGCACAAUAGAGAAGGCACAGAAAGUGUGCUGCAAUUCUGCUCAGAAACAAACAAAGAGAGAGAGAGAGAGAGAGAGAGAGAGAGAGAGAAAAGAAGGAUAGGUUUGUUCACAGCUCCUGGGAACUGACAAAGACUUGAGGCACUUGAAGGAAACAAAGAAGGAGAUCGUACAGUUUCAGGGCAGGACGUGGUAGAAGGAGGGAAGAAAAGAAAAGAGGAGGAGAGAAGAGAGAAGAACGUUUUCUUCGUCGAAGAGCAGAAGCCUAGCCGGUCUCUCUGGGCUGGACUGGAUGAAAGCAGGCGUCUGGACGCUUGGGUAGAUGCGAUCACCUUCACCAUGCGGAGUGACCCUAUUCUGUUCGCCUCUAGGGCGAUGGAGGAGCUGGUGGCGGAGCUGCGGGUCUUCCUGGAGCUGUUGGACCGAGAGUAUUUGAGCGCUGCAGUGCGAGAGAAGAAACUGCAGAUCUCCAACAUUCUACACAGAGUUCUGUCUGCUAAAGAGUCGUCCUAUAAGGCCGAGGUCCACAGCUCACUUCCUGCCCCGCCUCAGAUGCCCCUCCCUGAGAUCCCACAUCCAUGGCUGCCUCCUGAUAACGGACCACCUCCUUUGCCCAGUUCCUCUCUUCCUGAGGGUUACUACGAGGAAGCCGUGCCUCUGGGUCCUGGGAAAGCUCCAGAAUACAUCACCUCCCAGUACGACUCGGACGCCAUGAGUAGCUCGUACGAGUCGUAUGACGAGGAAGAGGAGGAUGGGAAGGGACAGAAGAUGCGGCAUCAGUGGCCCUCGGAGGAGGCGUCUAUGGAUUUAGUGAAGGAUGCACGCAUCUGCGCUUUCCUCCUGCGCAAGAAACGAUUCGGACAAUGGAGCAAGCUGCUCUGCGUCAUCAAGGACAAUAAACUCCUCUGCUAUAAGUCAUCUAAAGACCAGACCCCCCAGAUGGAACUCCUCCUGUCCGGCUGCAGUGUCACUCACAUCCCCAAAGACAGCAAGAAGAAAAAACAUGAGCUGAAGAUCGUCCACCAGGGGGCAGACGCUCUGGUGCUCGCAGUGCACAGCAAAGAGCAGGCUGAAGAGUGGCUGAAGGUGAUGAGAGAGGUGUGUGCUAACGGGAACGGAGCAGUGGACUCUGAUGGAGCCAUGUCUGGAUCUUCCUUUAACAAAGCCGAGCUGGAAAAGAAGUUGUCCUGUGACAGACCGAGUUCUGAUGGAGAGCCCAGUCAUGAAAACGGAAUCUCAGAUGGAAAAGAGACAGCUAAAGGAAAGAAGAACUCUAAGACUGAGCAGAAAGGCACGGUGGGGAAGGUGGCAGGGAAGAAGAUCACUAAGAUCAUCAGCCUGGGGAAGAAGAAGCCAUCCACGGAUGAACAGACCUCAUCGGCAGAGGAGGACGUCCCCACCAGCGGAUAUCUGAACGUGCUGUCCAACAACCGCUGGAGAGAGCGAUGGUGUCGGCUGAAGGAUAACCAGCUGUUGCUGCAUAAGGACCGGGAGGAUCUGAAGACCCACAUGGCCUCACUGCCCCUGCGUGGGUGUGAGGUCAUCCCCGGGCUGGACUCCAAACACCCGUUUGCUUUUAGGCUGCUGAGGAACGGACAGGAAGUGGCUGUGCUGGAGGCAUCGUCCUCUGAGAGCAUGGGUCGGUGGUUGGGGGUGUUACUGGCGGAGACGGGCUCUACAACAGACCCUGCCACUCUACACUACGACUACAUCGAUGUAGAAACCACCGCAAAUGUCAUCCAGCUGGCCAAGCAGUCCUUCUGUUUCACCAGUAAGCGUGCCAUUUCCCCAAACCCGUACCUGGAUAACCCUCUGAACGGCUACGCUCGGCCCUCGGGCGUGGCUCUACACUACGAUGACGUUCCCUGCAUUAACGGAUCGGUAUGGUUUCACACACACAAGGACCCACAUCUCGGUUCUCUUGAGGCGCACUAUGAGAACGCUGAGCUUUACGAGAACAUGCCUUCCCCUAAAGCAGAGACUUGCUCUUCGUCCAAACUGAGCUGGCCUCCUGCUUCCUCUGGCCAUUACAAAACACCUGUCUCUUCUUCCUCAGCUUCCUCUUCCUCCUCUCAGAUGAAGGGAAAGAAAGCCACGACUGUCAACGGUUUAGCUGCCAAACAGAAGCUGGAUAAGAACCAACCCAAAAAGGCCAACGGAACCAAUGGCUCAGCUCCGGUCAAACGCAACAAUUCGAGUGUGGAUCAGUAUAAAUACGGGAAGAACCGAGUGGAAGCGGACGCUAAGAGGCUCCAGGCGAAAGAGGAAGAGCUGAUGAAAAGAAAGCAGGAGAUCCGUAACCGUCUCACACAGCUGAAGAAAGACAGGAGAGAUCUGCGCACAGCCGUCGAGAACAGCACCGGUAAGCGCUCUCAGGCUUCACUGACAGAGCGGCUGAAGAAAGUGGAGGACGAGUGUAAGCUGAAAGAGGAGGAGCGAGUGAACUUGGAGCUGGAGUUGACGGAGGUGAAGGAGAGUCUAAAGAAAGCUUUAAGUGGAGGAGUGACCCUCGGACUGACCAUCGAACCCAAGACCAGCAGCUCCAGUCCACAGUCUCCAGUGUCGGUCAGGCGUACAGUGGACAACUCGCCCAUCUCCAGCUGUGACACCAGCGACACUGAGACCUGCUCACUGCCAGUCAACAGCGCCUCCUUACUGCGACGCCAAGUACCGCAGAAAAACCCUCCAGUACGAGGCCAUGUGCUCAGGAAGGCCAAGGAAUGGGAGAUGAAAUCCGGCACGUAAAGCUCUUCACUUUCAGCUUCCUUUUUUUUUUUUUGAUUCUUAUUGUUGUUGUUUUCCUGUUUGUUUGUAUUUAUUAAACUUUGCAUACAGAAGAGAUUGAGAACAAAGCGACUGAGAAGUAGAGACGAGGCGGAGGAAAACAUCCGAGUGUGAGGUCAGGACGUGUGGACAGGAGCUCGCCGUCCUGCAGUGAGCGGAGAUUAAACCGUUAAAGGGGUCAGAAUCUGGCACAAACCUUAUGUUUGUUUGUUUUUUGUUUUUGUUUUUGUUUUUGUUUUUUAAUCUGACCCAUCAGCGUUCGGCUAGAAACCAUCCAACAUUUUAAAGGAAAAAACAAAGAAGAAAAAAACAUUUUGAAAGUAUUUAUUUGUAAAUGUUUAAAUGCAAGCCUCUCUCUCUGUGUUUGUGUUGAUAUUUAAAGCUUUUAUACAGCAUUUUAUUUGGCCUCAUGCCAGGUCUUGAUUUUAAUUUUUCUUUCUUUUUUAUUUUUUGCUUUGCUUUUAAGGUUUUUUUGGGGGAUUUUUUUUUUUGGUUAAAAUGUAAAAACCAUGUACCAACGAGAAGCUGAGCUUUCUGAUCAUUAUGGUGUUGUUUAAUUUAACCACGUGUAUAAUAGGGAAGGGGAAGAGAAGAGGCGAGGCGAGGCAGAGUGAAACAAGGAGCCGUUUGUAAUCUUCCACAUCCCCUUUAGAGCCUGUACAUGUUACAGCUGCUUCAGUAAAGAGGGUCAGACGUAAGGAAUAAACCAUCAUCUAGAGCGCUCUAUUCCUCUUACACCACAGCGACGCCUUACAACAAUGACUUCUGGAGAUUUUUAUCCGUUUAUUGUUACAUUUAAUGCAGAGGAACCGACUCAGCUCCUGUUCUCACUGACGUUACAGCAGAUACACACACUCCUCCCUUCACCGGUCUCUCUGUAUCCUCUCUCUCUAUUGAAAUGAAUACAGAAAUUAAACCUGUCACGUUGCCAAAAAACCUGAAGCGUAAACUUCUCUGUCCUGAAGACGUCGGAAAACUUUAACUUAAAGCUUCACCUCUGACUGAAACGAAGCGCUGACACUGUAGGCUCCUCCCACAAACAUUAAAUAAACACUUUUCUCCUUAGUGUCAACGAUUAUACGCUUUUCUUUCUUAAAUCUGUUUACUCUUGGGCUGAGACGAGCGGACGCCAGACGAGUCGUUACCAUAGAAACGAUAAUGUUACAUAAACCGUCUGUCCGGCCAAUCAGAAUGCAGCAUUCAGCAGCGCUGUGGUUUAACCUCUCAUCUCUGGCCCUCUAUAGUGAAGCAUUAAACGGGGGCGGAGCUAGAUUCUGAGCCAUGUGAAAAAUAAGAACGUUAAACAUCAGCAGCCUGGUCAUUUUCUCGAUGUAUUAAAAGUUACAAACUGCCCCUUUAAACAGUAUAAAAGCACAGCAUGUGUUCCGCUGGGUCCUAGUUCGCUCUGCUCACGCUGUUGCCAUGGAGACCAGCAUUAAGACGGUGUCGCAGCCUCUGAAGUGUCCGUGUCGCCGUCCGAUCCGAGAGCAGGAUGUUAAGUAUUUGGUGGUGUUGUGGUGUGUUUGUUUUUGUUUCACUGGUGCUGUCGAGUCCUCGCUCUUCCUCCUGAGGCUCUGAGGCUCGCGGCAACACUUGGUGCUUCGUAUAGAAACAAAUAAUAAGCCUUUUUUUUUU